UAGGGAGUGUUUGGCAAGUGAACUUUUAGAAAAUGUUGGGUUUAAUGGAAGAAGUUAUGAGUGAGCUGAUGGGUAGGGAAGAGCUGAACGAACAAGGUCUUCCACCUGGUUUCAGGUUCCACCCAACUGAUGAGGAGCUCAUCACCUUUUACCUCGCUUCCAAGGUCUACAAUGGCGCUUUCUGCGGCGUCGACAUCGCUGAGGUCGAUCUCAACAGAUGUGAGCCCUGGGAGCUACCAGAUGUGGCGAAGAUGGGGGACAAAGAGUGGUACUUCUUCAGCCUCCGGGACCGGAAGUACCCGACCGGCCUUAGGACCAACCGAGCCACCGGCGCUGGCUACUGGAAAGCCACCGGCAAAGAUAAAGAGGUUUACAGUGCCUCCAGUGGGGCCCUUCUUGGGAUGAAGAAGACCCUCGUCUUCUACAAGGGCCGUGCCCCCCGCGGCCAGAAGACCAAGUGGGUCAUGCACGAGUACCGCCUCGACGGGGACUUCUCCUCCUACCGCCACACGUGCAAGGAUGAAUGGGUGAUAUGCAGAAUACAUAACAAAUCUGGGGACAAAAAAAACCCACUGCAAGCUCAAGGGCAAGGGGAAGGGCAACAGAGUAAUUUCCUGCAACAAGUUGUGGAAGCUGCUUCUGCUUCUGCUUCUUCCAAAACUGGCUGCUUGCCUCCAUUGCUGGAAUGUCAAUCUCAGACGACUCAUCAGAACCAUAGUUUUCUGCAAAGCCCUAGUUUACUGCAGAUUCAAGAAAACGACUUGAUGAAAAGUCGUAAUCAACUGUUUCAACAACCCUCAUUAUCAUCAUCAUCUUCAUCCUCAGCAGCAGCACUGCACUCCAUGCUCUUCAAGUCACUCCUCUAUUCACAUCAAGAUCAAGCUGGCACUGGUAGUAGUGCUCCUAAACAGUGCAAGGCAGAGGCUGCUAAUCUUUCCCAGUUCCAAACCCCACCCCUUAAUGCUGCUAACUUCAACUACUUGAUGGAAAAGAAUCACUCUCAUCAUCAACCAAACGUCCCAGACUCAUUGCUUCAGUUUCAUCACCAUCCCCGAAAUGCACUCUCUUUCGAUGACUUCCAUUAUUACAAUGGUGUGUUGGGGCUUUCUACAUCUGCUACUGCUGCUGUAGAUGCUGAGACUUCUUCCGCUUCCAUUGGUGGUUUCAACAGGGCAGGCUUUCAGACCAUGUUAGAUCCUCUCAUCAAACUCCCUGCUGCAGAAUCUUGGAAUCUGGAUAUCGCUUAA